UGGUUUUUAAUGGUAUAUGACCCAAAUUUUUAUCCAACAAGAUGUUUGUUUUCUAACCUCAACCCUUGGCGAGGGGAUAGAAAACAUGAAACGAGUUGGAUAAAAAUCAUUUACCAUUCCAAAUCAAGUGAGAUAUUCUUUUUAUUCUUUGUUUUACCACGUCUUUUGUUAAACCUCAAUCUCAUCUGUAAAAAUUAUGAUUGUGAGCCUCACAACACAUUUACUGCAAGAUGUCAACAACUUAAAUGUCAAUAAAACAGCAUUAAUUUUUAAAAUUAUAUUGCAAUGAAAAUUAUAAUUUUUUUUUUUUCAGGAGAAAAGGGAUUUUUUUGCAACAUCUUCACUCUGGAAAGGAAAACCCAUCAUUAAAAUUCCUCUUAAUAUAUUUGUGGAUGAUUUGUCUGCAAACCAGUCCCGGAGAUGGGCUCCUUUGCAUGGGAUACAAGCUCAAUUGGCUGGUCUUCCUUUGGAGGAAAAAAACAAGAACAAGAACUCGAUAUUUCUAGCAGCAUCAGAACAGGUUGCAAUGAUGGAGCUUUUAAAGCCAGUAUGUGACGACAUAAAAAUGUGCGCAGAAAUAGGAGUUGACAGCUAUGACGCCUUUUUAAAGCAAGAAAUAACGCUAACAUCAGAAAUUUCAUCCAUAAUAUCCGACUACCAGAUGAUGAGUUUGGUUUCAAAUCACAUGGGACCUGCAGCAAUUAAGUUUUGUCCCAAAUGUUUGGCUGACAAAUCAGACCCAUUUACAAUAUGGCCAUUGCGAACAUCAUCUGCAACAAGGAAAACACUAAGGAGACUUGAAAUUCAUGCUCAAGGUAGUGCAAGAACAAUGAUACAAAAGCAGACCGGUAUCAAAUUCUACGACAAUUGCUUGUGGCAGCAUGUUGAUCCCCACAGGGAUGCACCUGUAGGAAUUCUUCAUUUCUUGUACCUUGGAUUAGCAAAACACUUGAUUCAGCACUGUGUCAGAACUCUAAGUGAACACCAGAUGCAACUUUUGACUUUACAUUUGGAAACUGUUGAUCAAACUGACUUUUCCUACCGCAUCAAUGCUGACACUUUUUUCAAGUUUUUGGACAGUCGACAAGGAAAGGAUUAUAAACAUUAUCUUCAGGUCGCUCCAUUUAAUAUGGAAUUCGCUGGGUUGAAAAUGCCAUAUGUUGAAACACUUGGAAAGCUUGCUUUGAUAUCCAAGCACAUUUAUCAAGGUGUUACGUCAGUUGGUUCUGAAUUUGAAGAUUAUCUUGCAUUUAUCAAAGACAACAUUCCUCAACUUGGCAGCAAAAGCAAGACACAUUUCUGUGUUCAUAUAUCUGAUGACAUAAUAAGGCAUGGCCAUCCUCUUCAUUUCACUGAAGACGUGUUUGAAAAAAACCACAAAUCAAUAAGAGAGAGUAUUCGUCAUCAGAACGGCCAUCAAAGGUCAAGGGAUACGGUCAUCCAAUUUGCAAAGUCAGAAUUGACAAAACAUGUGGUGUCUGGAGGUUUCUUGCAUUUGAAUGAUACAUGGAAACAAGCUAGCAGUUUUGUGUUGUCAUAUGGAAAUGACAAGAAAAUCAAGUCUUUUCUUGGAGUCCCUGACCAAAAUGAAAAUUUUAAAGCUGGGGAGCUGCGGAACGUGACCAGAACUUCUUCAAGGAAACCAAUGGGUAACCCCAAUCUACUGGAAGAGUUGGAGUUGCUCACAAUAUCUGUUGCCAUUGACACUGAUAUUGCUAAAGAUGCAAACCUAUACAGCUGCCUAGGAUGCAUAACAAGCGAAGGAGAUUAUGCAGGCAUUCAAAGCUUUGUCUUAUAUUCAGAAACUGUAAAGGACAGGAUUGGAGUGAUUCAGAAGCUUCUACGUAUAAAGACCAAGACAGCAGAACACGAGAUAGCUUUUUUGAAAGUGUGCAACAUUUCCUUUACAAGUUGCAACCAAGUGGUGCAGUUAACAAAUGAGACUCACAUUAAGAAAACAUGCCACAUUCGGCAUGUUGUUCAUGUUAUUCAUGACUGCAAACGAGGUGGCUGCAGAGUUGUAGAGAAUCACAAUGAAAAAUCUCUAAAGCACAGCAAUCACAAUGGUUACAUUAUUAACAGAUUUAGAAUUUCCAAACUACCCGAUAAGCUACAAUUAUAAUUGUUGGUGCAGAUCGAUACAGUUAGUUCAAAUGCAGAUUAAUGCUAGGUACUUUUAAAUGAAUAUUCCAAGUCUUGUAAAUGAUUUUUUUUUAAAAUUUACCAAUUGGAAUAACAUUGUAUUAAUAAAUAGAUAAAUUAAAGAAAAAUUUGCUACAGCAAAAAUCUCAUUAUAAUGACAUUUUUCAAAGAAAACCAAUGAGUUUUGUCAGUAAUGUUUACAUAUGACAACAGCAAAAGAUUCUUGCCUUAUUUUUUGGAAAAUUAUCUAACUAGUGUUAUUUUUGAUUUGUAGUCAUUCUGCUUUGAAAUGUUCACUUAUCACUUGUAAAGUUUUACAAUAGAAUAGCAUUAGCAGUUUUGUGUGCCUUUAUUGUGUAUAAAGCACCUUUUCUAAUCUAAAUAAGUUUGUAUUUCUAUUCUUGUUAUAAAAUAGGUUUGUAUUUCUGUUCUUUUUAUACAUGUUAAAUAGGUUUGUAUUUCUAUUAUUGUUAUACAUGUAAACUCUUUAUUAUAUGAUGAUGAUAUUGUAUUACUACCUGAAAGCAAAAAUGGGUUUACAUAACUGUUUAAAUAUUCUUGAAACAGUUCACCCUUGAAACAUAUUGUUCUAAAUCAAAAUUACAGGUCAAUAUUGAAAAAUCAAAAGUUCUUUUAUUUAAUUCAAAUGUGAAAUCUUGUAUUGAUAAAUUAAUUUACUUAUAAUGGAAAUUUACUUCAAACUGUGUCAAAAUAUUGUCAUUUGGUUUAACUUUAAUAUGUAAUGUACUGUUUAUAACUUUGCUACAGCAGUUCUCAUGGAAAAGACCAGAAAAGCUUACUAUAAGAUCAAGAAGACAAUUGGACUAGAAAACCUGUGUAAACUUUUAGAAAAACUUUUUGACUAUAUAGUAACACCAGUUCUUUUGUAGUGAGAUAUGGGGUUUAUUUGCUAAAAAUUGAUGAAAAUUCUGUUAUCUAUCAGAAAUUUUUUCCUCUUAUGUGAAUGGGAAAUAUAAUGAUAUAUCUAUGUAAACAAUAUUCUGUUUAUACAUAUCUUAGGCCUUUGCCUAUUAUUGUAAGUGUGUUUGUGCCAAUAAAAUAUUAGUAUUUGUUAUACUUGUAUUAGUCAUAUAAUUUAUUGUUGUAUAUUUUUAAAAAAUACUAAAAAGUAUACAAAUGAUAGUUUCAAAAAAAGGCUUAUUAUGUAUCUUUAUUUCAAAAGUUAUUUUUUCAUGAUAAACAUACAUCAUAUAUUUCAUAAAUUUAAAAGAAAUAUUUGUCUUUUGCGUACUAAUUGAUGCAUAUUGUUGUUAAAAACCCAAAUAAAUAAAUGCAAAUUUGAUGCUACCAAUUUGAUCUUGUUUCAUGUUGUAUAUUCCUUUCACAAUAAUGAAUUAAGUAUGGUAGUCAUUCUUAAUAAUAUGAUAAACAGUCUAAUUUUUCCGAAUAUUGACAGUACUUAAAAAAAGAUGCAUAUUGA